AUGGGUCAGAUUAAACUGGCCAUAUCCCUGGAAAGGCCCGCCCUGCACGAAUUUAGGGACGUUGUUUCUACCUUUCAUCAAAAAAUCAAAUUCCCCGUGGGCGAGCAGGUCGAGGAAGUCAGGGGAGAGCAGAGGGUCUCUCGCCGAUGUUACAUUGAUAUGGUGCGGGUGGAGGCCAGGAAGAAUCAAAGGAUGCAAUAUGGGGGCAUCCAUACUGUUCAAGAAGAGCCUUUGGCUAUGGCUGAAGAACCCAUCCCUUGGGAGGAGGUGCAAUUAUAUGUUGACCGCCCUGAAAGUUUAACUCGCUUGGCGAGUGAUCUGCCCCCUCUUCUCAAGGAAGAAUUAGUUCAAUGCUUGAUCCAUAACCGGGAUGUCUUCGCCUGGUCUACAGAGGAGUUACCUGGGGUCAGGCCUGAGAGACGUUUCUUAUUGGUGGCGGUGGAUUAUUUCUCUAAGUGGGUGGAAGUAGAGGCCCUGGCCAAGAUCACAGAAGAUGUCGUCAUCCAAUUUCUAUGGAAGAACAUUCUUUGCAGGUUCGGUAUUCCGCACAAACUGGUGUCAGACAACGGAAGGCAAUUUCAAGGGAAAAAAAUCCAGGCCUGGUGCAAAGGGUUUGGUAUAACGCAGGCCUUCAGUUCAAUGGUAUACCCACAAAGCAAUGGCCAGACCAAGGUGGUUAAUCGAGAAAUAGUACGAGGCCUGAAGGUUAAGUUGGAUCAUGUGGGAGGUAAUUGGGUGGAAGAGCUGUCGAGCAUCCUAUGGGCCUAUCGUACAACACCCCGAGAAAGUACCGGUCUGACACCAUUCCAUCUGGUUUAUGCCAACGAAGUGGUAGUACCCAUAGAAAUUGGAGUGCCAUCAGUCAGGAGGACAUUAUACGAUGAAGGAAACGCAGAGCGACGGUUGACUGAACUGGAUCUCAUUAGUGAAACCCGUGAUAGGACGGCAGCUCGGCUGGAGGCCUAUCGAGAAAGAAUGAGGUAG